CCAAUAUACAACAAGGCUUUUUGAGAAACACGUGUUGAACUUUUUUCAUUGCUUUUCUUGAGUGCCAUCAUUUUCCAUAGCUUGUUGAAGAAUAUAUCGUUUGUGUUGGUUUUGUCUAAAUAUAUAUAAAUUAUGGGAAAACCAGGUUUCUCACCACGCGGCGGAGGUCGUGGACGCGGUGGUGGACGUGGUGGUGGUGGUGGUGGUGAUCGAGGCCGUGGAGGCUUUGGUGGGCGGGGUGGUGGUCGUGGUGGUGGUGGCGGUAGUUUUCGUGGUGGAGCUGGUGGACGUGGAGGAAGAGGUGGUGGAGGCCGUGGCGGUCGUGGCGGCGGUGGUGCAGGCGGCUUUAAAGGAGGUAAAACUGUUGUAAUUGAACCUCAUCGUCAUGAGGGAGUUUUCAUAGCGCGUGGAAAAGAAGAUGCUUUGGUAACACGGAACUUCGUCCCAGGAUCAGACGUUUACGGCGAGAAGCGUAUAUCAGUAGAGACUAAUGGCGAAAAAAUUGAGUACCGAGUUUGGAAUCCUUUUCGUUCAAAACUUGCAGCCGCAAUUUUAGGUGGAGUGGAUAAAAUUCACAUGCCUCCAGGCUCUAAGGUACUUUAUCUAGGCGGUGCUUCCGGUACAACAGUGUCGCAUGUAUCGGAUGUUGUAGGUCCUGAAGGUCUUGUAUAUGCCGUCGAAUUUUCACAUCGUUCGGGUCGCGAUCUAAUUAACGUCGCUAAGAAACGGACUAACAUAAUUCCUAUAAUUGAAGAUGCUCGUCAUCCUCAUAAAUAUCGUAUGCUCGUUGGAAUGGUAGAUACGAUUUUUGCGGAUGUAGCCCAACCAGACCAGGGUCGUAUAGUUGCUUUAAAUGCUCAACAUUUUCUUAAGAAUGGUGGACAUUUUGUUAUAUCUAUUAAAGCUUCUUGUAUUGACUCAACUGCGCAACCCGAAGCUGUGUUUGCAGCAGAGGUGAAGAAAAUGCAAGCCGAUAAAUUGAAACCGCAGGAGCAAAUUACGCUAGAGCCGUAUGAACGCGAUCACGCUGUUGUAGUCGGUGUUUAUAGGCCACCAGCUAAAAAUGUAGGCUUUUAGAACCCAUGGUUAUGGCAAUGCAGAACAUAUUUUAUAACUGAUAAUAUGUAUAAAAUUUGAAGAUAAAAAUGCAGUUUGCAAAAUAAUAAUUAAAUUUAGAUAACAUUAACUUUUUUAUCUGAAUUGAAUAUAUUGUCCAUUCGGGUCCGAAGGAAUUAGUGUCGAAGCUUCAGGCAAAUAUUAGCUAUAAGUUUGUUAGUGUAAGUGAAUUUUCUUAUACAUAAAAAUAUUUUUACCAUAGAAAAAAAUACAAAAUGUGUAAAUCAAAUGGUUUAA